AUGCCAACUUUAGCAGCAAUUGUUGGACAAAUGCACACAGAUAUUAAACCUCAUUUAAAUUUGGUAGAAUAUUUAUUAAAAAAUACUGCAGCAACAAUAGAUUCUGGUCCAGCAUAUUUUCCUUUAAUUGCUGAUAUUCAUUUAAUGGAAAGGAUGGCUGUAAUUUAUGAACAACCACCAUUAGAAUUGCCACUUUAUACACAAGCUUUGUGCCAACCAAGUAGAGCAAUUAAUGUAAACAAUUCUCAGGAAGUUUUGGACAGAGAAAGGUUAAGAAGAAAUGAAAGAAUAGCUGAAAUACUUUGUAAACAAUUUUUUGGAAUUAAUAUAGGAAGGAGAUAA